CGCGGAGGACAGCGUGAAGUGGGAGAGGAUCGUUGGACGAUGGCGAGCGUGGUGGAGGUCGCAGAGGAUGGGGGGUCUCGGAACAAUGAGAAGAGGCCUGUGGUUGUGGUGUCGGAUGAGACCGUGCACCAGAUUAGCACUGAUCCUUGGUAUCAAGGUGGGUUUGUCCUCACAACAGGUAUCAACAGUUCUUAUGUAUUGGGGUAUUCAGCAUCGGUUAUGAUUCCUUUGGGAUGGAUUGGUGGUGUAGUUGGUUUACUCUUAGCAGCUGCCAUAUCCUUUAAUGCCAAUAUUCUUGUUGCUCGUCUUCAUAAUGUUGGAGGUAAAAGGCAAAUUAGAUACAGAGAUCUUGCUGGUCACAUAUAUGGAAGGAAAAUGUAUUAUCUUACUUGGGCCCUCCAAUAUGUGAAUCUUUUCAUGAUCAACACGGGUUAUCUCAUUUUGGCUGGGCAAGCACUGAAGGCUAUUUAUGUUCUCUACCGGGAUGAUGGUGCUUUGAAGCUGCCAUACUGUAUAGUAAUUGCUGGAUUUAUCUGUGCUCUUUUUGCUGUUGGAAUACCUUAUCUAUCUGCUUUAAGGAUAUGGCUUGGAUUCUCAACAUUCUUUAGUUUCACAUUUAUUGUCAUAGCAUUUGUGCUCUCACUUAAGGAUGGAUUGAACAGUCAGAAAAGAGAUUACAGUAUUUCUUCAUCCCACUGGGACAAGAUUUUUACUACUAUCGGUGGAAUUGCUAAUCUAGUUUUUGCCUUCAAUACUGGGAUGCUGCCUGAAAUACAGGCAACAAUAAAAGAACCUGCCAUAAAAAAUAUGGAGAAAGCUCUAUGGUUUCAAUUUACCGUUGGUUGUUUGCCUUUAUAUGCUGUAACUUUUAUGGGAUACUGGGCAUAUGGUUCCUCAACUUCGCCCUACCUUCUCAACAGCGUUCAUGGACCAAUCUGGGUUAAAACAGUAGCGAGCAUCGCAGCCUUUCUCCAGACAGUUAUUGCUCUACAUGUUUUUGCUAGUCCCAUGUAUGAGUACCUGGACACGAGGUGUGGGAGAACAGGAAACCCCUUUGCUCUAAAAAAUGUUUUAUUUCGGAUAUUUGUUAGAGGGGGUUAUCUCACCAUAAACACAUUGGUGUCAGCUCUUCUUCCAUUUCUUGGAGACUUCAUGAGCCUGACUGGGGCUUUGAGCACAUUCCCCCUCACCUUUGUUCUAGCGAAUCACAUGUAUCUAAUGGUAAAGGGAAAGAACCUUCCAGUUCCUCAAAUUGCUUGGCAUUGGCUGAACGUUUUGGGCUUCAGUUUCUUGGCUUUAAUUGCUGCAAUUUCUGCGAUGAGGCUCAUCAUCGUCGAUUCAAAAACUUAUCAUCUUUUUGCUGAUAUUUGAAGUUAUUAUUAUUUUUCUUUGUUGGAUGUUCAGUUUUUUUUUUUUAUUCUACAUAUUUGUUCUACAAUCUAAGCAGUUGUAGUUUGUAUCUGGAGACUGCACUGCUUGUUCAUGCUGAUUAA